UUGUCAGUGCAUUGGAUCGUGCAAAUGUAAGUAGCAGAAAUGCUACUUACAUUGUAGCUGCUACUUUAAUCAGCGCGGGACUAGAUAUAAGUCAAUAUAAUUUGAGUCACUCAACCAUCCAUCGUCAGCGUGAAUUAGCGAGAAAAAGUACAAUGGCAAAUUUACAACAAAAUUUAAAAGUUGAUAAAUGCGUUUUACACUGGGAUGGGAAGAUAAUGCCUGACAUUGAAACGCGCCAAGACGUGGACAGAUUACCAAUCGUAUUAUCAGCUUCGGGACAAGAAAUACUACUUGGUGCUCCCAAAAUUGACUCUGGAACUGAGGAAAAUCAAGCCUCAGCAAUUAUUUCUGUCCUGAGUGAAUGGUCUAUCGCUGACAGUAUUACAGCAUUAUGUUUUGAUACUGCGGCUGUAAAUACAGGAAUUCACAGUGGUGCAUGUGUUCUCGUUGAACAAGCACUAAGAAGAGAGUUGACUUAUUUACCAUGCCGUCAUCACAUUAUUGAGCUAGUUUUAAGAUCCGCAUUUGAAACUUAUUGGCCUACAUCUUCAGGUCCAAAUGUUUCGAUUUUUACUCGGUUCAAAAACAAAUGGAGUGAUAUUAAUCAACAAAAAUAUACUACUGGGAUUUCAGACAGAGAAGUUCAAGAAGCCCUUGCAGAUAUAAAAGAUGAAAUCCUAAUACUUAUUGCUAAUUACUUACAAAUUUCGCAACCAAGAGGAGAUUAUAAGGAGCUUCUGGACUUAGCUCUGAUUUUUUUGGGAGCUUUGCCAUCUGACAGAGUAGUUUUUAAAUAUCCUGGAGCUGUUCAUCAUGCAAGGAGUCCGUCAAAUUUGUAUUUUUGUGAUAAAAUUUCACAUAAAAGCGUGGUUUUCAGCAACGUCAGCGAUAACAGCGCCAAGUAAUGAUUUAAUGCUGAUAAAAAAUUUGCUUCUCGACAAAAAAAUUAAUUCAGCUGUUUCAAAAAAGACAUCUGAGAAAAUGGCUAAUCAUCUGUGGUACCUUUCUGAAGAAUUAGCAGCUUUGGCUUUAUUUGAUUCGAGAGUUUCACCGGAAAUAAAAAUUAGAAUGGUAACUGCUAUAAAGUCCCGAGAUAGUAGUAUAUUAAAUAAAAAGCGCUUCAUAAUCAAUAAGAAUAAGUUGAAUACGUUAUUAAUAAAAGAUCUAAGUCAUUUCGUUUCUAAAAGAUCAUUGGUAUUAUUUGAACGAUUUGGAUUGUCUACUGAGUUUCUUGAUGUCGACAUCACUUUAUGGGCUAGUCACAGAAGCUUUCAAGAAAAUAUUCAAUUUUUUAGUACAUUAAAAGUAGUGAAUGACGU